UUCUCCCAAGGAAUUUCCACGGUCUUAGAAGGGGAUGAUUCCCCAGUAAUAUCCCCUGCCCUGAUCCAAGGUGCUGCUCGGCCUCCCUCCCAGGGAAGACUGCUUCUUGUGUGACACGAGCCUAAGAAAGAGACUCCGAUGGACUUACACCGGGCAGCCUUCAAGAUGGAGAACUCAUCCUACCUCCCCAACCCGCUGGCAUCCCCAGCACUGAUGGUCCUGGCGUCCACGGCUGAGGCCAGCCGUGAUGCUUCCAUCCCUUGUCAGCAGCCACGACCCUUUGGUGUACCUGUCUCAGUAGACAAGGACGUGCAUAUUCCAUUCACCAACGGUUCCUACACCUUUGCCUCUAUGUACCAUCGGCAAGGUGGGGUGCCAGGCACUUUUGCCAAUCGUGAUUUCCCCCCUUCUUUACUACACCUCCACCCUCAGUUUGCUCCCCCAAAUCUAGAUUGCACCCCAAUCAGUAUGCUAAAUCAUAGUGGAGUGGGGGCUUUCCGUCCCUUCGCUUCCACUGAGGACCGGGAGAGUUAUCAGUCAGCCUUCACGCCGGCCAAGCGACUUAAGAACUGCCAUGACACAGAGUCUCCCCACUUGCGCUUCUCAGAUGCAGAUGGCAAGGAAUAUGACUUUGGGACACAGCUGCCAUCUAGCUCCCCCGGUUCACUUAAGGUUGACGAUACUGGGAAGAAGAUUUUUGCUGUCUCUGGCCUCAUUUCGGAUCGGGAAGCCUCUUCUAGCCCAGAGGAUCGGAAUGACAGAUGUAAGAAAAAGGCAGCAGCUUUGUUUGACAGCCAGGCCCCUAUUUGCCCCAUCUGCCAGGUCCUGCUAAGGCCCAGUGAGUUGCAGGAGCAUAUGGAGCAAGAACUUGAACAGCUGGCCCAGCUGCCUGCCAGCAAGAAUUCCCUUCUGAAGGAUGCCAUGGCUCCAGGCACCCCCAAGUCCCUCCUGUUGUCUGCUUCCAUCAAGAGAGAAGGAGAGUCUCCAACAGCGUCACCACACUCCUCCGCCACUGAGGACCUGCACCACUCAGACAGAUACCAGACCUUCCUGCGAGUGCGAGCCAACCGGCAGACCCGACUGAAUGCUCGGAUUGGGAAAAUGAAACGGAGGAAGCAAGAUGAAGGGCAGAGGGAAGGCUCCUGCAUGGCCGAGGAUGAUGCUGUGGACAUCGAGCAUGAAAACAGCAACCGCUUUGAGGAGUAUGAGUGGUGCGGGCAGAAGCGGAUACGGGCCACCACUCUCCUGGAAGGUGGUUUCCGAGGCUCUGGCUUCGUCAUGUGCAGUGGCAAAGAGAAUCCGGACAGCGACGCUGACCUGGAUGUGGAUGGGGAUGACACUCUGGAGUAUGGGAAGCCGCAAUACACGGAGGCUGACGUUAUCCCCUGCACAGGCGAGGAGCCUGGUGAAGCCAAGGAGAGAGAGGCACUCCGGGGCGCAGUCCUAAAUGGCGGCCCUCCCAGCACACGCAUCACGCCUGAGUUUUCUAAAUGGGCCAGUGACGAGAUGCCAUCUACCAGCAACGGUGAGAGCAGCAAGCAGGAGGCCAUGCAGAAGACCUGCAAGAAUAGUGACAUCGAGAAAAUCACCGAAGAUUCAGCUGUGACCACGUUUGAGGCCCUGAAGGCUCGGGUCAGGGAACUUGAACGGCAGCUAUCCCGUGGGGACCGUUACAAAUGCCUCAUCUGUAUGGACUCCUACUCGAUGCCCCUAACGUCCAUCCAGUGUUGGCAUGUGCACUGCGAGGAGUGCUGGCUGCGGACCCUGGGUGCCAAGAAGCUCUGCCCUCAGUGCAACACCAUCACGGCACCCGGAGACCUGCGGAGAAUCUACUUGUGAGCUGGCCCCCCCGGUGGGCCGUGCCUCGAGCAGCCCCACCUGCCUGCCUCUGUGACGUGACCCUCCCCCCUUGUACAUACUCGCACACAGGUUCCCCGUGUACAGACAUGCGCGCGCGCACACAUACACACACACACACACACAGGACUCUGGAGCCAGAGUGGAGGCUGAGGCCCAGGCCCUGCCUGCUGGCUGCCACCAAGACUGGGGACCGUACCUAUUCCAGGUUCUGUCCCCAGGGUGGGGCAAGGAGGUGGAGGUGAGGGGGAGUAGUGGGGCAAGGCUCCUGAGAUCCAGCCCCCAGACUGACAGACGGACAGACAGACAUGCAAACACCAGACUGAAGCACAUGUAAUAUAGACUGUGUAUGUUUACAAUGUUGUGUAUAAAUGGGACAAUUCCUCACCCUCCACUCCAUGCCCUCCCCUUUGGUUGUAUGAUUUUCUUCUUUUUUUAAGAACACCUGGAAGCAGUGCCCCCUUCAGGGCUGGCUGGGGGCUCGGCCCAUCCACCUCUCAGGGCGCCUGCCUCUCUCCCCGCCAUGGUAUCCCUUUCCCUCUCCCAUGUGCUCAGUGUUCAGUGGUGUAUUAUUUCUUCCCCCAGACAUGGGCCACAUGCCCCAAGGGACACGAUCCUCUCCUUAGUCUUAGCUCCUAGGGCUCUUUAUAAGGAAUUGGGGGAGGGGGGAGACACAGGAAAUGGGAACCGAGCUAAAGCAGGGGCUGAGACUGGGGCUGGAUGAAUGUGCUCCUGGUUGCCCAGCCUUCUGCCAAGAACCAUUCCUGGGAUUAGAACUGCUGUUCCCAGGGAAAGUGGUCUCCCCCACCCCUCCCACAUGGGCCCCACGGUGUGAUGCUGUGUCUGUAUAUUCUAUACAAAGGUACUUGUCCUUUCCCUUUGUAAACUACAUUUGACAUGGAUUAAACCAAUAUAA